AUGCUAGAUAUGUUACAUAAAGAAAAUAAUUUGGAAAAACGGAUCGAUCGUAUGGAUCUGAGAAACCCUUCCAAAUGGAAAGAUACUGAUGGUGAUGAAGUGGACUUUCCACAACUGUCGGAAGAUGAUAUUCGAGAGCCAGCUUUAGUAGAAACGUUCAUUAUAAGGAAAUAUUUAUACGGACCAUGUUCGUCAUUAAAAGAUGAAAAAUUAAAACCAUAA